AUGUGUUCCAAGUAUACAGUAUUAAAUGUCACGAGUAAAUACUGCUCGAAUGAUUGCUUUGGAUUUGAACUAAAAGUAGAUAAGUUUUCGAGUGUUAAAAAUGUGACUUCUUCACAAUUAGUCACAUCGCAAGCCUGUAAAACAGCAUGGCGAGUUAUUGUAGAAACCGCACCUCGAAUACGUCGUAGUAACACGGAUUACAGAACAGUUCUAUCAGAAGGAAAAAUGAGAGUUGGUUUGAAAAGGACCGAUUCAAACAAGUGUGAAGUCAAGGCUUCUUUCUUUUUUGAAGUUCUUAAUUCGAGUGAACUUAUUUAUUACAAGGAGUCGUUUGAAAGAGUUUUCUCCCAAACACACCCGGAAUUCUAUUGUGAUUAUGUCAAAAGACCCGGAAGAAUCGCUCGACUUGCUGGUGUAAGAGAAGUUUGGUUUUCAUUGCCUGAUGACAAACUCACAAUCAGAGGUAAUGUCAUAAUUGAAGAUUGUUGUCCGAAAACAAAAACUGAAAAGGACUUAAACGCCACUAUGAAUGUAACUGAACUGCUAUAUGACUUUAGGGAGUUGUAUAAGAACAAUUUAUUUUCGGAUGUCGUAUUCGUUUUUGGAAGCGAGAAAAUCUACUCCCAUAAGAAUGUCCUCUCCACCAGGUCACCAGUGUUUAAAAAGAUGUUCGAGCACGAUAUGUUAGAAAGCAAAUUGAAUACCGUCAAGAUUACCGAUAUCGAGAAACGCAUAUUUGAUUAUUUUUUACUGUAUCUCUAUACAGGAAUCAUGGAGAACAAUGAACUGGAUACUGUCUUGUCUCUCUAUUCAACUGCGGACAAAUAUCAAGUUACCACGCUUUUCCAAACUUGCAGCAACACUCUCCAAUCAUAUAUUUCGGAUAAAACAGUUUCAUCCAUAUUGCUGUAUGCCGAUUUGCAUAGUGAUGAGCUAUUGAAAGAAAAAGCUGUUCAAUUUAUAUGUGAAAAAUUUGAAUUGGUGGAAGGAUCACCCGGAUGGUACAGUUUAAUCGAUAAGAAUCCGAGUUUAGGUUCGUACGUUUUGACAGCAGUUUCAUUAAGUAUCAUUUCCGAAAGAAAAAAAGUAUUUUAG